CCGCAGCGGCUCCAGGAGGGACCCAUCCUACGGGGCAGGCCCAGGGGGCCCGAACCGGGCUGGGCGCCGACCCAGAACUCCUUCCCGGGCGUUCCUGGGGCGGGGACGAGGGCAGGGGCGCAGUUGGGACCCUGGGCUCUGGAGUCUGUGGUGUGACCUCGGACAGCUCACAGUGCUUUCUUGGUCUCAGUUUCCCUCUUGUUUAAUGAGACGGUGAAUUAGAACCGAGAUUUUAUUUGCAAAGGGCGUUCAGGAGGGUCUGUGAAGCAACCCUCCCACAAAUGGGUGACAGGUAAUUCUACGUGUAUGCAUAUUUUUCUGGGCAGACUCCGUAGAUUUAUGCCAUACGGGACGAAAUCCGGAGACUGCUGGGCCAUUCGUGAUGUGGCUGGCCAUUUGCAGUCGCCUUCAGAGUGAGUGUGUGGAGUGCAGGCAGGGGAGGGUGUGGUUUGCUGCUGAGAAUAGGUGCUAACUCCAAGGGUGAGGACCAGAUGGAAGAGCUGGCUGAGCCACACUGGGCUUCCUAACAGGGCAAGAGUCUGCCUGUGCCUAGGAAAGGUACCCUCGCUCCUGAGUCUGCUGCUUUCCCUCACUUGUUUUUCCAAAGCCCACAAGUGAGAAUUCCUGCCUGAAAUCUGAUUUGUCCUUUCUCUGAGGUAUAGCCUUAAUUAAAGAUGGGUAAUUUUACAGCUAAGAUAAAACAGAUACACUCUGCUGUGUUCCUGAUGCCCUGCUCUGUCAGAGAGCCCUAGAGAAUAGUCAGUCCCCUUGAAACUGGAACCAUGUCAUGUGUUCUAGCCUCUUCUGUGCACCUGGAAUACUUACUCUUUGAUUCUAGGAAAGAGAUUUCCCAGAACCUAAGCUAGGGGGUGAUUCUAAGAUUUGCAACAGCACUCUUUAUUUUUAACCUCUCAGGAGAUCUUAAGCCACUGAAUAGCCCUUGAGUUGCACAGGAAGGAAACGUGUUUCAUUCCAGACCCACUGAAAGAGAAUGAAUGUCAGCUCCUUCCUGCAGAGGAGACAAAGGCAGUGAGAGGAGAGAUUGAUGCUCAGCUGGUGGUCCCUGGACCUCACUGCCUAAUGCAGAAGUUGCAGGAAGAAGUGUUCUGACAUCACUUUCAGGAGGCAUACAUGGAAUACCUGAGGAGCAUCCACUACAUUUCCCAGGUGUUGCUGGAAGAAGUGGAGAUGACUAAAGAAGCUGGGGAAACUGUGCCCCCUGACACCUCAAAGAUGCUGAAGCUGGCGGAGCAGUGUCUGGAGAGGGCCCAGUCGACAGCCGCCAAACUUGGAAAAACAUGCCUGAAGCCAGCCAUGCCCAUGGCUGCUCCAGUCCCCUCACCUACCAGCCGACACCGCCGGGUAUAUUCAGAUGAAGGAGGGAAGCUCUCUCCUUUUCUGCCACCUGAGAUCUUCCAGAAGCUUCAGGUGGUAGAGUCACAAUGCUCUAAGAAAGAAUUGACACCACUGGAGGAGGCCUCCCUGCAGAACCAGAAGCUGAAGGCUGCAUAUGAAGCCCGGAUGGCCCGUCUGGACCCAAGCCAGGCCAUGCAGAAGACAUCCCUAACCCUAUCUCUGCAGAGGCAGGUGAUGGAGAACCUGGUGAUCGCCAAAGCCCGGGAGGAGACACUCCAGCGGAAGAUGGAGGAGCGUCGGCUGCGGCUCCAAGAGGCCGCGAACAGGAGGUUCUGCAGUCAGGUCGCUCUGACCCCGGAGGAGCGGGAGCAGCGAGCCCUCUAUGCCGCCAUCCUGGAGUACGAACAAGACCACGACUGGCCAAAGCACUGGAAGGCCAAGCUCAAGAGAAGUCCAGGGGACCUGUCACUGGUGACUAGCCUGGUCUCACACCUCCUCAGACUUCCAGAUCACCCAAUCUCACAGCUCCUGAAGAAGCUCCAGUGUGCCGUGUACAGCACACUGUACCCUGUCGUGAGCAGCACCUCUACCAGCGCUGCGUCUGCCCCAGGCUGCUGUUCCCUGCCCCCCGACACAGACCAGCUGCUGGCUCCUGGAAGCCGCAAGCUCCGGUCCUCACAGAGCCUGUACUGUGUGCUAUCCCCCCCAGAGGCCAGCACAACUCUUCGGCCUCAGGACAGCUGCCCUGCGGCCCCCACGACACCUCCUCUACACCCUGACCCCCUGGACAGAGGAACAGAAGGCAGCUCGAGGGGACCACCUUCACCCCUGAUGGAUGCCUCUUCCCACCUGCCAGACAAAGACAGUUCCUUUGAGGACCUGGAACAGUUUUUGGCUACGUCUGAGAGGUGGGGCCAGGGCCUUGGGGGGCAGCCUGAGCCACAGACCCCAGGGCUACAGCAGGAUCCCCUGCUGAAGCAGCUGAAGAGUGCCGUGAAGGACAUACACAAUGCCAUCGACAGGCUGCUCUCCCUCACACUUCUGGCCUUUGAGAGCCUGAAUACAGCUGCCUCCAAGGACCGCUGCUUGGCAUGCAUCGAGGAGCCCUUCUUCUCCCCGCUGUGGCCUCUGUUGUUGGCCGUGUACAGGAGUAUACACCGCACACGGGAGGCCGCCCUGGGCAGGAUCAUGGAGCUCUACAGGAAUGCGCCCCCCACAGCUGUUGGCAUCCCCACAAAGCUGCUCCCACAGGACACUGAGGCUAAAGGGGCCACCUCCUACCCAUACUGCGCCGCUACCCAGGAGCUGGGUCUCCUGGUGCUAGAGAGUUGCCCUCAAAGGAAGCUGGAGUGCAUCGUGCGGGCCCUGCGGGUCAUCUGUGUCUGUGCAGAAGACUACUGCCACGCCCAGGAGGCCACCCUGGAGGCCGGACCCCAGCUUGUGGCUGCAGCCGCCAUUGGCGCUGACGACCUGCUCCCCAUACUGUCCUUCGUCGUGCUGAAGAGCGGCCUUCCCCAGCUGGUGUCGGAGUGUGCAGCCCUGGAAGAGUUCAUCCAUGAGGGGUACCUGAUUGGAGAGGAAGGUUACUGCCUCACGUCGCUGCAGAGUGCCCUCAGCUACGUGGAGCUGCUGCCCCAAGGGGCCCUGAGCAAGUAGCAGAGGCUGAACCCAGGCUCCCAGGACCACAGGACCCACCAAAGACAGUCUGGGAAUUCACACUGCCCUGCAUACCUGGCACUGAGCCUGGAGGGCACAUCAACUGGGGGUGCUCUCCAGCCCUUAUCCCUUUGUCACCCCACAUCUGCCCCAAGGAGUAUGGGUGGCACCUCUGCUCCUAAGAAAGGCUGAGAAGCCCCAUAAAGGGGAGCGGAGCUGAGAGAUCCCUGGGCCCCAGCUCACUCUCACAGACACUCAGGCAGCUUCUGGGGGCCAUUAGAGCAAAGGGGCUUCUACCCAGCCCGCAGCAGCAGCAGCAUCUGGUUUCUCUCCUGUCUGGUCCCAACUCCUGUGGUCCCAUCCUUUGACCAUCAAAGCUCCUCUGAGCCAGCUUCUUAUCUGAGUUAAGACAAGAACCUGCUACCCGACCCCAGAAGUCUGGGGCACAGGUGGUGUGAGACUGUGCUAUUCACCCACUGGGCAGGGACUGCUCUGGUGCCCAGUGGGCCAGUCAUGUGGGGCCCUGAGCUUCCCCUUACUCACCAUGGCAGGUAGGGAGAGAACAUUCUGGGACCCCCAAACAACCCCACCCUGUAUGUCCUCUCCUAGGUCAGUGUGAAUGGAGGGUUAGUGCCUGUUACAUGUCCACUCAUGGUCACCAACCCAGCCUGAAAUAAAGAGGUUACUGCUG